ACCCUUUCACCCCAAACUCCCAUGGCUGCUUCCUUCAUCUUCGUCGGAACAACCAAGCGACGAACGCCAUGGCCGCUUCUUCUUCUUCUUCGUCAGCGUCAUCAGCUGCCCGUCGACCACUCUUUAGUCGAGCAGCUGCCCUCUCCUUCUUUUCCGUCGAGCAGCAACAUCUCCAGCUCACAUGCCCAUGGCUGCCCUCCUCUUCAUCACUUUGCCUGCGAUUCUCUUCUGCUGCGCCGCGAGGGACCUAUCAGAGCUUAAUUUCCCUUUCUCAAAGUCUUUUAGUCAUUGUGGUCAUUGGCCACGUUGACUCUGGAAAGUCGUCCACCACUGGUCACUUGAUCUACAAGCUUGGUGGUAUUGACAUGCGUGUUAUUGAGAGGUGCGAGAAAGAAGCUGCUGAGAUGAACAAGAGGUCAUUCAA